AUGGAAAUUCAUCACUCAAUUCACGACACAACAGUUAAUUACGGUAAUGUUAGCAGAGAUCUACCGGCACUUUGCAAGAGCAAUGACAGCCUCGGAAUCACACACAGGAAUCAGUACGGAGGUGCUUCUACCUCUACAUUCCUUGCUGGAAGCGCCACGUUCUUGGCAGCAAGUCGUAGCAGCGUUCCUGGAGAGUUUUCUGGGUACUCCAAUAGUCCUUCAUCUGGUUUCUUUAGCACUCAUGCUGGAGCACUAAUAGUACCACAAACAGCAACAGCAGCAGCUAAUACGGCUGGAGAUGUGACUGAAAAUGAAGAAAACAAUAACUGUCAAGUACGCUCUACUAUUUCACGAAAAAGCGAGACAAAUAACUGUGCAGUGAUGGGCUCGUUAACGCUUCCAGCAACGGCAGAUCGAGUAAUGCAACACACUCACUGCGUGAUUUCUGCUAAUGGUAACAGAAGCAGUACCGACAGUGGCGCCAGUUCAGCUGCACACAUCAACGCCAGUGGCAGCAGCAGCAAUAGUGACCAUUCCGGAGUGACAAUCAGAAAUGAGGCAAACUUUUCACAUUCCAUCUCAAAGUUUGAUACGGAAAUAUGUUCGUCGUGUUCCGAAUUCAUUAUGGAUCGAACGUUACUUAGUGUGAAUUCAAGAUUCUGGCAUGCUACAUGUCUAAGAUGCUCACAAUGCUCCUUGUUCUUGGAACAACAUUCCACAUGUUUUGUUAAGAAUGACAGCUUCUUUUGCAAGCAGUGUUAUAAUAGACGAUUUGGAAAAAAAUGUUCUUCUUGUCAACGCUUAAUUCAUGCAACGGACUGGGUCAGACGUGCUCGGAACUUUGUUUAUCAUCUCGCAUGUUUUGCGUGCGAUCAAUGCAAACGACAGCUAAGUACAGGUGAAGAGUUCGCACUGCAAGAUUGUAGACUUCUUUGCAAGCAGCACUACAUGGAAUUGGUAGAAGGAGAAUGUGGUCAACAGAAAGCCAAAACCAAACGUGUCAGAACAACUUUCGCAGAAGAACAGUUAGCUGUCUUGCAAACACAUUUUCAAAUUGACAGCAAUCCAGAUGGAGCUGAUCUUGAGAGGAUUGCUACGAUGACUGGAUUAAGCAAACGAGUCACACAAGUUUGGUUUCAAAAUUCACGUGCACGUCAGAAGAAGUACCAAGGUAGCAAAAAAAAUCGUACCAAUCAAAAUAACAGUAAUAGUGGACAGUCGUCAACUGACCCUUGUAGCAGCCCCAAAAGUCCUAGUGGAGAUAGCAAUGAUGGCAUGAUUUUCCCGACAUCUGUCCUUACCAGCGUGGAAGAUGCCAUGGUUGCACCCGAACAACGUUCAAUUUUACCAACUUCUAUAUGA